CAAAUCUACAAAGUCAAAAGGGCUUGGUGGUCCAGCUGAGGAAAAUAUAUCUGAUCAUGAGGAACAUGCAGAGAGAGCUCCAAGCAAUAUCUCAGUCAGAUCAGCAAAAUCAAUGAAGUCUAAUGUUUCUGCAACAUCCAGAAGAUCAAAAACUUCUGAAGUUCCCUUAGAAAACUGUGUUGACAAUCCUGAGGAAAGAGUUGUUGAAGGGGAGAGUGAAAGGAGAGUAAUGAGUUCAAUGUCAGCAGAGUCUGGUCAAUCAAACAUUACUGCAAGAUCAAAUAAUUCAAGAUGUUCUGCUCAUGUUGCAGUGGAAGAAAGCUCUGAGAGUGCUGAUGAUAAAAAUGACAAACAGCCAACUGAAGAAAGAGCACCAAGUGCUUUGUCAGCUACAUCAGCAAAGUCACAGGUUUCUACAAAUUCUACCCAAUCAAAAACUUCUGAAAUUCAGUCUGACAAAGGUACUGGUACUCCUGAUGAAGGAGAUGAUGAAGAGGAAGCUGAAGAGAGAGCACAGAGUGCUAUGUCAGCUAAAACUGCAAAGUCAACUAUUUCUGCAAAGUCUGCUGAUUCAACAAGACUUGAAAGUCCAGCUGAGGAAAAUAUAUCUGAUCAUGAGGAACAUACAGAGAGAGCACCAAGCAAUAUAUCAGUCAGAUCAGCAAAAUCAACAAAGUCAACUGUUUCAGCAGCAUCUAAAAAAUCCAAAGCUUCAGACAUUCCUAUUGAUUACGUCGCUGAUUCCCCUGAAAAAGCUAAUGAAGAGGAGCUUGAUAAACGCAGCUCAGUAAGUUCAAUGUCAGUCCAUUCAAACAAGUCUAAUGUUACUGAAAGAUCAAGUAUGUCAAAAUGUUCAGCUGAUGUUCCAGUUGAAGAAAGCAUCACCAGACCUAAAUCACAUGCUUCUACAGUAUCUAUUAAAUCAAAAGCUUCUUACGUUCCUCCUGAUUCUAAUGCUUCCGAGGGGAGCAAUGAUGAUGAAGACACCUUAGACAGAGCAGAGAGUGCAAUGUCUGCAAAGUCAACUAUUUCUGCAAAAUCAAAUAUAUCAGAAGUCUUGGCUGCCUCAGCUGAAGAAUGUGCUUGUGAUUCUCUGGAAAGAGCUUCAAGCAUUUUGUCAAUCAAAUCAGCAAAAUCCAAUGUUUCUGAAAUAUCUAUAAAUUCAAAAGACUCGGCCAUCCUUUCUGAACACAGUAAUGACAUUGCUGAUGCAGAGAAUGAAGGGAGAGUGAGCUCAAUAUCAGCACAGUCAGUCAAGUCAAAUAUAUCUGCCAGAUCAAAAAAGUCCAAAUGUUCUGAUAUUCCAACUGAAAAAAGCUCUGUGAGCCCCUCUGAAAAUAUUGCCAAAGAGCAAACCGAAGAAAGAACAUCAAGUUGCAUUUCACUCAGAUCAGUUGAGUCUCAUGUUUCUGAAAGAUCUAUUAAGUCAAAAGCCUCUGGUGUUACAAAUGAUGAUGUGGCUGAACAUGAGGAUACUACAAAGAGAGCCUCUAGCGCUUUUUCAGUUAAAUCAGCAAAGUCUCAUGCUUCAGCAAAAUCUACAAAAUCAAAUGUUUCUUCUGUCCGAAGUACUGGCAUUUGUGAUGAAGGGAAAGAUAAAGAGGAAACUCAAGAAAGAGCACAGAGUGCAAUGUCAGCCAAAUCCAAACAGUCAGCCAUGUCAGUACAAUCAAGUAAGGAAUACGUCUGUGAUGUUCCUUCAGUCAAAAACAUGUCAAAUAAUGACAAAACUGUAGAAAGAAAACAAAGCACCUUGUCAGCUAAAUCAGCCAGAUCUUCCAAAUCAAGACAGUCAAAUAUUUCUGCAAAGUCUACUAAGUCAAAACAAUCUAAUAAUCAUGGGGAAGAAAAUCAUGAGGAGACUAUGGAGAGAUCACCAAGCAGUACCUCCAUCAAAUCAACAAACUCAAGGCAGUCAAAUGCUUCAGCAGUAUCAAAGAAAGCAAAAGCUGCUGAAGAUGGCACUAACACUGCGGAUGAAAACACUGAGGAAGACACAGAGGUGAGGGCAACAAGCUCAAUGUCUGCCGUAUCAGUGAAGUCAAAUGUCACAUCAAUAUCUACAAAAUCAAAAGCUUCUCACAAUCCUCAGAAUGUAAAGGGAGUAGAAGAUGGUGGUAAUGAAGAAAAUGUGGCUGACUGUGAUGAAACUAAAGAGAGAUCACCAAGUCCCAUGUCAAUUAAAUCAGUAAAGUCAGAUCGGUCUUCGAGGUCAAGGAAAUCAAGAGUUUCGGAACAGACAGAUGAAACACAUACUGAAGAAGUAGAUCAAACAGAGAGGACUGUAAGUGUUUUGUCAGGAAAGUCAAAUGCUUCUACAAAAACCAUAAAGUCCAACGUAUCUGAAAUUACCCCAAGUGAAAGUACUGCACAAGAUGAAGAAACUACAGUAAGAGUGUGUAGUGCAACGUCAAUUAAAUCAGCAAAAUCAAAUAAUUCAACAAAAUCCAACAAAUUAAUAGCUUCUGAAAUUCCCACAAUAGAAAGUUCGGACACUCCUUAUGAAGGAAAUGCUCAAGAGAAAUCGAAGAGAGCUCCAAGGGCCAUGUCAUCAAAGUCAAAUAUAUCAGUAAGAUCAAAUAAAUCAAGUGUAUCUGAUGUUCCUGGUGAAAUAAAUACCUGUGAAAAAGAAGAGAGAACACUUAGCCCUGUGUCUGCGAAAUCCAAUCGAUCUGAAAUGUUAGGGACAUCUGAAAUCCCUGCUCUGACAGUUGAGGAAAGUGAAGACAGAGAACCUACAUCCAUGUCAUCAAAGUCAAAGGUGUCAUCACAUAAGUCAACAGCAUCUGGGGCUAAAGAAAAGAAAAGUGAAGGUCAGCCAAAAAGUUCUUUAUUUGUCAAGUCAAAUCGGUCUGUGAAAUCUCGGAAAUCGAAAGUGACUGAUAUUUUAACAGCUGAAUGUGUGGAAAAUAAAGAGAAAUCUGUUCACGUUCCUGCUGAGGAGAAGACCUGUGCUUCUCCAAUAAUUGCAGGAGAACCAAAAGAAAUGAAACGCCAUGUGAUUUGGCAUGCAGAGUCGAAUGAAAGUGAUUUAUCACAAACUCUGUCCAGUUCGGAUAUUGUAAAAGAGAUUGAGAUAACAUCCGUGGGAGAAUCAAAAUCCAGUGGGUCUAAGAGGUUAACAAAUGGCCCACUUAAAGCUACAAACAUUGAUAGGAGUGUCAAGGAUAAUAAAAGUGACAAAAGCAGCAAAUUCAAAUCCAAGAACACAAAUGCUGAUGACUUUAAGCUGGUUCCAUCCAGCCUUCCAAAUGCAUCCCCUACUGAGGUUGUGAAUGAAUGGCUGAAUUCAAUACCAGCAGAUGGUGAGAUGUACAGCAUGGAGGAAUUUAAUGAAAACUGUGAUGGACAAAAACAAGUCAACACAACAAAGGAAAUGACCAGAAUCGAGGAUACUGGAAAUGAUGAGAAUUCAAAAGACACAAAUGAAAGAGUUAUGGUGAACAGUAUCCCUAAUGAUGACAUCCAAACAAGCAAAGAGUCACCAAAUGUUGAUAGUAGUCCAGCCUGUACUGAGAGAGAUGAUGCCGCAAAAUUAUUUAAUUCCUCCGUACAGGUGAUGAAAGUACUUUUAAAUCCAAAGCCCGACAGAUCUAACAGUUUACCAGAAAUUUCCCCAGUGUAUGGACAAAAACUAAGCACUUCAGCUAGAGGUCUUCUGGAUUGCCUUGUGAAGUUGCAGUUAAUAGACAAUAAUCCUAAAAAUGCAAACAAAAAGGAUGCAAGAUACCAAGAGCUAAUGAACAUUCUUCAAUCUCUUUGGCUUUGUGAUCCUCCAGAAAAUGAACAUGUGUUUACGAAGGGUGAUCACCAUUCUGUGGACGAUGAAUUCAUUCAUACUUCAUCCUCUGGUGUGGAUGUCAACAGUGGUUCCACGGGCUCCGGGAACAGUAGUGAUGGUGUAAAUGGUAAUGUGUCUCAGGCACAUACAAGUGCAGAUACGUUACGGAAAAUACCAGAAGUCUGUGAAGGUGAAGCAGACGCUGAAGCAGAAGCUAAAUGGAUAUCUGGGAGAGAAGUAGAAACAAUGCAUGAGGAAAAACAAAAGGAAGAUGAUCCAGAUCCAGCUAACCCAGUUAAAGGGAAUGAUUCUCCAACAGAACUACCUACAACACCAUCCUCCUCAAACAAGAGUUCAAACAAGAGUUCAGAAAAUGACAACAAAAUAAUUUCUCAAGAUCCUGAUCCUGUUUGGGUCUUAAACUUAUUAACUAAAAUAGAAAAGCAGUUUAUGACGCAUUAUAUCAAUGCAAUGAGAGAAUUCAAAGUCAGAUGGAACUUGGAUAAUAAUGAGCAGCUUGAUAUUAUGAUUGGUGAACUUAAAACUGAGGUCCAGAAAAGAAUCCAAACAAGUAUAAACAGGGAACUGAGGCACAUUCAAUGUAAGGCGGGCCCACCACAACCUCCUAAAGAAGCGAUGUCCCGUGCUUCAACCACACAAACAGAAGCGAGACGACAGAGACUGAAGAUUAUGCUCAGACAAUCAAUUGAUGAACAAGCAGAAAAAAGUGAUUAUUCAGCAACAGAAACCUCUUACAGUGACCAGCGCAGUGAAAACGACGAAUUCUGUCAAUGUGAAACAUGCAUUCAAGAAAAAAUGACAUCUAGGCCGCCACUUCCUGCAGAAGUUACGAAUACUGCACCUGUUGUCAAGGACUAUGACCUGAAGAGGAUUCUGUUGAUGAAAAACAGUGGUCCUCGCAAUACACAGACAGUCACUUGUACAUCUCAAUUUGAAAAUCACACUGAAACAAAAGCGGCAGAAACACUAGUAGAGAAAGUUAUUUCCAAAGCUGUAAGAGAAACGGAGGGGGAUGACGUACACCAUGAUACUGAAGAUAACAAUGAGGAAAUAAACAUAACAGAAGAUGAAAUGGCAGAUAAUGAGAGUGGAGACAUAGUGGAGGAUGCAUGCAAAGCUGAACUGAUGAAUGCAGAGGAGGACGAUGUCACAGCCACAGCUGAUGAAUUGUCAAAGGGACCAGCUGAAGAAGCAGAAACUGAAGAUGAGAUUAAUGUAGAAAGAGAAAUUUCUGUGGAUGAGUUGAAGGAAGAGACUAUUGAAGCCACCACCACUCUAGAUGAAAAUGCAGGAGAAGAAGAUGAUGUGGCAGCCACAACUGUAGAUGAAUCUGGCAAAGAUGACGUUGUGGAAGAAGAGACAGCGGAAGAGGAGGAUAUUGCUGCCACGAGUGCAGAUGAGUCUGCAGAUGAGUACGAUGCCACAGCUGAUGAAUCAUCAAAAGAACCAACUGAAGUGCCAACAACUGAAGAUGAGAUUGCUGUAGAGGAAGAGACUGCUGUCACAAGCAAAUAUGAAUCAAAUGAUGACAUUGCUGAAGAGGAAAUUGAAGCAGAGAAGAAUGCUGUGGCAUCCACAACUGAAAAUGAAUCUGACAAUGAGGAAGCCGUGGAGGAAGAGUCAAAGGAAGAGCUUGCAGAAGCCAUUAAAGCUGAAGAAAAUACUGCAGAAGAGUCUGAUGUGGCAGCCACGACUGAAGAUGAAUGUGAAGAGAAUAAGGCUGCCAUGGACGAUGAAGAGGAAACUGCAGAUAGUGAUCAAGCAACCACUGAAAAUGAAAUUGCAGUGGAAAAAGAUGAUGUCACAAGUGAAGGAGAAGCUGAAGAUAACAAUGCAGUAGAACAGGCUACAACUGAAAAUGAAUCUGACAAAGAGGCAGCUGUGGACACCACCAGUGUGGAUGAAUCUGAGUCAGAGGUAAAGGAAACAGCUGACAAAGCAACAAGUGAAGAUGAGAUCCCUGAAGAAAAAGAAAAUGGUGUCACAAGUGAAGAUGAAAUGAAAGAAGAAGAAGAAGAAGAAGAAGAAGAAGAAGAAGAAGAAGAAGAAGAAGAAGCUGGUGAUGCCACAACAGCAGAUGAGGAAAACACAGAUGAUGUGGCAGACACAACUGAACAUGAAUCUGACAAAGAGGCAGCUGUGGACACCACCAGUGUGGAUGAGUCUGAGUCAGAGAUAAAGGAAACAGCUGACAAAGCAAUAAGUGAAGAUGAAAUGGAAAAAGAAGCUGGUGAUGCCACGCCAGCUGAUGAGGAAGACGCAGCAGACACAACUGAACAUGAAUCUGACAAGGACGAGGCUGAGGAAGCAGCAAUUGAAAGUGAUGUUGCUAUGGAAGAAGAAGCUAUUACCGCCAAUGAGGAUGACACCAAAGAGGAGACUGCUGAGGUAGACACAGCCACAGAAAAAGAAAAUUCAGGUGACGAGGAAAUCAGUAAAGCUGAUAAUGAAUCAGAAGAAGAGGAGAUGGAAGAAAACACAGAACUUGUGGAAAAGGACGAUAAUCUAGAAUCUGAAUCUGAAUCUGCAAUAAAAGUAAGCCCCAAAGCUGUGACUGAAAAUGAAUCAGAGGAAGAGAGCGAUGAAUCAGACACAGAUGAAAAUGAAUCAGUAAUAAACACAACAACAGACGCAAAUGAGAGCGCAGGAGAAGAGGAUUCUUCACAAGUUACAAAUGACGAUGAAUCAUGGGAAAAGCCUUCAGAAACCAAGCCUGACAAUGAGACUGUUGAUGAAAGUGCUGAAGAAAAUGAAAAUGCAGAAGAGUAUAACGUGGCUACAGAUGAAAACGGAACUUUGAGUGAGGCAGAACAUGUCCACGUCACAUCAGCUGAAGAGCUUCAUGAUACAAAAUCAUCUGCAGAAAGCAGUGGCGCUGAAGAUUCUGUUCAAGAAGUAGAAAAAGAUGAGGAAGACCAUAAUGAAUCUUAUAACAAGGAAUCAGAGGAGGUUGAAAAUGAAAGUGCAAACGAGUCUGGAGUAACAGGUGAAGAUUGCACAGAGGACGCAACAACAGGAGACGAGACUGAAGAACGUGAAACAGCAGAAGAAGAACCGGGGGAAGCUGAAAUGGCAGGGAAUGAGAUUACUGAAAGUGAGGAGGAUGGCGAGGCCCAAACAGGAAGGGAAGAAGGCACCGAUAACACAGAAGACGAAUCUGCAGAUAACACCCAACUUACAGAUGGAGAAGGAAAAGCUGACAUGACUGAAGAGCAUCAAGAAGAUGCUAUAACUGAGACAAAUGAUGAAACAGAAGGGCCUGAUGAUGUGGUGGAGCUGAAGCCAGAUGAGGAGGAAAUAUUGGAAAACAACGACGAAAACAAACUAAUAAUGGAAGAUGUAGAAGAUAAUAAUGAUGAACAAGGAACAAAUUUAACACAGUGUGAAUGUAUCAAUAUCCCAAAUGAAAGCCGUGAUAAUAACGAAGAUGUUGAAGCCUCCGAAAAAGAGGAGGAAACCGAGACAGCCAAUGAAGGCAACCAGGGAGAAUCAGCUGACGGAGAAGAUGAAGCAGAUGAAUAUUCAGACGAACCAGAGGAAGAAACUGAUUACGGAAAGAAAGAUUUUGUUCCAGGCAAAACAGAUAAUCAAGAGGCAACUGAAAGAGAAGCUGCGAAAACCACAUUAAUCCCACUUGAUACUUUGGUCCAAGUGAAUGCAGAAUCUGAGGAUGGUGCUUAUGCUGAUGUUGAAGAUUCUGAGACUGACACAAACAGCCAUGAAGAAGUCACAAGCCUUGAGAUAAAGGCAGUGAAACAUAUUUCAUCCUAAGUUGACCGGGACUUAGGCUUUGUGAGAGUCUGAAGUCAUUUUAAGUCAUUAAGUCGGGUAUCCUAGAGGAGAUCUAACAAGAACGGUGAAGUAAAUGGAUCUCCAUUAUUCUCAUUUCUAUCUUGAUUUUAAGAACUUGUCAAACAAGCACUAAAGAAACACAAGCAUUGUGUUCUGGCAUUUUGAAAUGCUAAGACUGAACACAUGCACAACAACUGCUGAUCAUGUAGUUGUGUAAAAGGAAUCAUAAAAACUUGAAUGUUUAAUACGUAUAUAGUAUAUACGUAGGAGGUUUUAAUGCAAAACUAAAUAGGACUCAUUUUAAUUAUGAGUGUUUGGUAUGUGUUACCUACUGCAACUCUGCACUUCAGACUGAGAUGGCACUGAUGAUAAACUAUGCUUUAUGGUAGUUGAUAGGAACUAUGACUGUUGCAUUAAUGAAAAAUGUCAUACAUGCACAAAAACUGUAGAUUUUUUUCUUCAAAUUACUGCAGUGUAUUUAAACCAUUUUUGCUGCUCAACAUUGAUUUUCAUAUUAAGCAAAUCUCUGAAUGUAUUUCAUCUUAUCAAAAGUAAUCUGUAAAGAUGUUUGUUUCCAAAGUUAAAAUUAAAGUUAUAUAUUUUUCUAGCUAAUAUUUCUGGAAAGCCAGAAAAUGCUGAUAAAAUUAAAUUUGAUUGUUUAACUUACUUUGUGUGCAGAUACAGUACUGUACACAGCAGUAUUUUAGUGCUGGUUUUAAAUAGCUAAAGUGGAUGAUCACAAUCAGGUAACCGUGUUAUAGCUUUGUUUGACUUCUAUAUACAAGAAGUAGAAAAGGUUAUGGCGGGGUUUUAUGUACACGCUCUCCUAUUGCUCUAUAUUUUAGACAAUUCAGUGACAAAACAACGGUUAUCAGUAAGAAAAUAAGCUAUUAUCUGUGGUACAGAGGUUAUUACCA